UUACACUUGGCACAAUGCAGUCAGGCAAGUACCGUUUUUCUAGCAACCACCAAACCAGACACAGCCAUCCGAUUGCCAGACAGAGAAGUGUGAUUCAUCACUCAAGAGAACACAUCUCCACUGCUCCAGAGUCCAGUGGCAGCAUGCUUUACACCACUGCUUCCGACGAUUUGCAUUGCACUUGUUGCUUCCACAACUAACAGUUGACCGUGGAAUAUUUAGUAGCAAGGAAAUAUCAUGGACGGACUUAUUGCACAGGUGACAACCUAUCAUGGUACCACACUUGAAUUCACUGAGCUCCUGAAAGCGACCCAUUCUUUCACAAAUGUCUGUAGAAGCAGUCUUCACGCCUAG